GGAAAAAGGGCGCCUAAUUUCCGUUGAAGGUCCAACAUCCGGUCCUCUUUUCAACUUCAACCCUCACAUGUUCAAAAUAGUUAGGUCUCAUUCCUAUCCUAAUCAUCUGUUACUACUCCACUCAUCACCAACUUCCCUCCAUCUCACUUCAAAAACCAUCUCACAAACUGCUAUAUAAAUCCGAGUCGUAUCCACCUAUCCUUCCAAAUCCAUCUGAUCAAACGAAGAAAACCCACCAAAAGAAACAAACAAACAAACAAAGCCAACGAAACAGAAUGAAAGAUCAGGCGGUUCAAAUGGCCAUCGCCAUUCUGGAAUCGGCCGCGGCAGAUCACACCGAGGAGGCCCCGAAAAAGAAAAGCCCGUUCAAGAAAUAUGCCCUGAUCGCUCUCGCCGUCCUCGUCUGCGUCGCCGUCACCGUCACCCUCGGUCUGGUAAUCCUCCGCGUGAAGACCCCCAAGUUCCGUCUGGCCUCCGUCGCGGUUAACGAUCUCAGUUUCACCAACACUACCACCUCGGCCUCGUUUGACAUCAGCCUUGACGCGGUUUACGCCGUCAAGAACCCGAAUUACGGCCCGUUCAAGUAUCGGGGCGCUUACGUUAAUUUAUUGUAUCGGGGGAAAAGGGUGGGGAAGGCUCGGAUAGUCGAGGGAAAGGCCAAGGCUUUGUCCACUGCGGAGGUGGGCUUCAGAGUGAGCGUGAGUUCUCGGGAUUUAUGGGCGGGUUCGGAUUUGGGUCUGGAUAUCGGGUCGGGUAUGGUUUGGUUGAGUGUUGGAUCCCAGUUGAGAGGGGAAGUGGAGUUUAUUAAGGUGAUCAAGAAGGACAGAAAACCUGAGAUGAGCUGCACCAUGGCUGUUAAUUUAGUGGAUAAAGUUGUUCAGAACAUGAAGUGUGCCUAGCUCAUUUGCCUAGACUCUUGCAUAUUCCUAGAAGGUUAAGGGUUCGAAUCUCCGAACUUGUGUGUUUGUAGUUUUUCUUUAGAGGGCUCUUCUUUUUUCUUCUUUUUUUCCUUUUCUAUGAUAGGCUUAUUUCUUUUAUCAGUUGAAUUGUCGGACUUUGUUACCUCAUGGACACACACAAUUGAUGUAGUGUCUCGUAAUUUAUAUUUUGUAAUUCAUAUCUGA